AUGUUCGAGUAUCACGAUGCUACUAUAGGAGGAAAUCGUGGCCGUGAGCAAAAAUAUCUCACGGUGAGUCGAGACUUUUACUGGCCCCGCCAGUAUCAGUUUGUGCGCAAGUACAUUCGCGCAUGCGAAGUCUGUCAGCGAGUGAAGUCAAGUCCUUCACUGCGUGCACCUUUACAGCCUCUACCGGUUCCGGCUGAGUGCUGGGAAUCCAUCUUAAUGGAUUUUGUCUUCGGGUUACCCAAAGACGCACACGGGAAUACGGGUAUUCUCGUAUUUGUUGACAGAUUCAGCAAAAUGGUACACCUUGUGGCUGUGCCAGAGUCAAUCACGGCAAGUGGCUGUGCUUGUAUCUUUAUUGACACCAUCUUCCGACUUCAUGGGUUGCCCCGUGAACUCGUAUCGGACAGAGAUCCACGAUUUACUGCUGAUUUCUGGCGUUCCAUGUUCAAAUCACUCGGAACGCGCUUGAAGAUGUCGACAUCUGAGCAUCCAGAGUCAGAUGGUCAGACGGAACGUGCCAAUCGUGUCCUCGAAGAGAUACUUCGAGGAUACGUACACUCCUUUAAGAGUUGGAGUGAGUUCUUGCCAAUGGUAGAGUUUGCCAUUAACAACUCGGUGCAUGCGUCCACGACACAUACACCGUUUUACGUGAAUGGCUUACGCCAUCCGCGUGUACCCACCUUACUAGAGUGUGACUCUGGUUUCAGGGGGGGAGGGACUCGCGCGAGCAAAAACCGAUUUGGUUCACGCUCAUCAUGCUCUGACAAAGAGGUUAAUGCGUUUGAUGCCGAUACCGAUAACAUCGAUAUUGAAGAAGAUGAUGCCAGUGAGAGUGCGGAAGCCCUCACUGAAGAAAAGAUUGUUGUCGCUGCAGUGCGCUCACAGCGCACUGAAGCCAACGAGUCAGCAGAUGGGUUCAUACUGGCUCGUGAAACGGUAGUCCGUUUUGUGCAAGACUCCAUCGCCGAAGCGGUGGAUAAGCAAAAGAAAAUCGCUGACAAGAAUGGAAGGGCAAACACUCUUUUAUUUAAUAAGGGUGACUUAGUCCUACUGUCUACGGUUAAUCUACCAAGCAUGUAG